AUGGCUCGUUUGCCGGUGUCGUUGAAUAAGGAAGCAGUACUCCGGUGCAGCUCGGAUUUGUCUCGAGUGAAAAGUCUGGCUGGAGCUCUCUUUAACUGCUAUAAGGAGAAAAAUGUGACGAGGAGGCGGGUGGAGGCGGUCGGUGCGGCCGCGCAUUGGAAUGCAUGCAAGGCGAUUGGUCUGUGUAAUCGAUUUCUUCUCGAGCGCUUCCAAGACAAACAUGGUGAGGAGGCGUUCCCCAAGACUGCCUUGGCCUUCGCUCCAUUGACGGUGAAUGAAAUGGUGGACGCUGAGGCCGUACCUGGUGAUGCAAACCCUGUGGAGUUACGUCAGCGUACUUACCAAUUCGAGCUCUAUGAUACGGGUAACGGCAUCACCAGUGAAAAGAUCAUCAAGGCGUGGGAGUAA